AUGCUUUACCUAAUUGGCCUUGGUCUCUCUGAUGAGACAGAUAUUACCGUUAAAGGACUUGAAGCUGUUAAAAAAUGCGCUCGAGUAUACCUUGAAGCCUACACCAGUAUCUUGUUGGUGGACAAAUCAGUUCUUGAAAGUUACUAUGGACGUGAAGUAAUUAUUGCAGACAGAGAUAUGGUUGAGAGUGCCAGUGAUGAUAUUUUAGAAAAUGCGCAGAAUGUGGAUGUUGCAUUUUUAGUAGUGGGAGAUCCAUUUGGGGCUACAACUCACACCGAUCUUGUUCUCCGCGCCCGUUCCCUAAACAUCCCUAUCUCCACCAUUCCCAAUGCCUCCAUCAUGUCCGCUAUUGGUGCUACCGGUCUCCAACUUUACAAUUUUGGCCAAACUGUCUCAAUGGUAUUUUUCACGGAGAAUUGGAAGCCUGCUUCAUUCUACGAUCGUAUUCGAGAGAACAGGAAUAUUGGCUUGCACACACUAGUAUUAUUGGAUAUUAAGGUUAAGGAACAAAGCAUGGAAAAUAUGGCGAGAGGAAGAAAAAUAUAUGAACCACCGAGAUAUAUGACAGUUGGUCAGUGCGCGUCGCAGAUGUUGGAGAUUGAAGAGAUCAAGACCGAGAAUGGAGAGGGUGGUGUUUAUAAUGAGGAGAGUCUUUGCAUAGGUGCUGCUCGAGUAGGCUGUAAAGACGAGAAGUUUGUAAGUGGGACGUUGAAACAAUUGUGUGAUGCGGAUGAGCAAUUGGGAGGCCCAUUGCAUAGUUUAGUGUUGCUCGGAAGAAGGACACAUGAGUUGGAGCAUGAUUAUGUGAGGGAGUUCGCUGUGGACAAGGAAAUCUGGGAUACCAUUUGGAAGAGAGAUUACGAAGGAAAGGUAUAG